UUUUUGUGGGGCUUGAAUGAGUCCAGUCCUCCCCUGGCUCUGCCCAGCGCCGCCGAUUGGCUCCGCAGCCCGGGGGGGACCGAUAAGGGCGGCUAUAAAAUCCUCGCAGCUCCCGGUCCCCCAGCGAGCAGGAGCCAGAGGGGCCACCCGGAUCCUCCGCACAUCCCUGCGCUCAUCCCCGGGCUCUCCAGGAUCCUCCUCCCUCCUUCCUUCCAUCCCUCCCUCCUGCGAGCGCGUAUCCAGCUCCACAUCUUCGCUCUAACCCGAGUGCAAGAGGAGAGGCGCACACAUCCCAAAAAAAAAAAAAAAAAAAAAAAUCAAACCACCCAAAAAAAAAAAAAACCCAACCCCACACUUAGCGGAAACUUGUCAGAGAAUGCUCCUAAAGUCUGGUUUUCUCCUGCUGCUGCUGAUCAGUGCGUCCGCAUCCUACGAAGCUGAGCAGAAUGAUUCUGUGAGCCCCAGGAAAGCGCGGGUGGCAGCGCAGAACUCAGCCGAGGUCGUUCGCUGCCUGAACAGCGCCCUCCAGGUUGGCUGCGGAGCCUUCGCCUGCCUGGAGAACUCCACGUGCGACACGGACGGGAUGUACGACAUCUGCAAAUCCUUCCUCUACAGCGCCGCCAAAUUCGACACUCAGGGAAAAGCGUUUGUCAAGGAGAGCCUCAAGUGCAUCGCCAACGGGGUCACGUCCAAGGUGUUCCUGGCCAUCCGCAGGUGCUCCACGUUCCAGAGGAUGAUCUCCGAGGUGCAGGAGGAGUGCUACAGCAAGCUGGACAUGUGCGGCAUCGCCCGCCGCAACCCCGAGGCCAUCACCGAGGUGGUGCAGCUCCCCAACCAGUUCUCCAACCGCUAUUACACCAAACUGGUGCGCAGCCUGCUGGAGUGCGACGACGCCACGGUGAGCACCAUCAAGGAGAGCCUGAUGGAGAAGCUGGGCCCCAACAUGGCCAGCCUGUUCCACCUCCUGCAGAGCGACCACUGCGCCCAGGGCCACCCCCGAUCCGAAUUCCUGCGCAGGAGGAUCCCGGAGGGGCAGAAGCUGAAGCUGCUGCUCAGGAACCUGCGAGGGGAGAGCGCGGCCAAGCGCGGCUCCUCCGAACGCGCCUGACCCGAGCUGCUCCAGGAGAGUGCUGCACCCAAAGCAAUGGAGUUGUAGGUAUUUUAAACCCCACCCCAGGAGCUGGGUUUAGCUCCUUAGGGCUCGUUUUGUUGGUUGGUGUUUUCUGUUCCUGUGUUGGGUGUCGCGGCUUUCCCGCCGGCCGAGCGGCUCUGUCUCUUCUUUUCCCCGCCAAAAAAAAUUGUGUUAUCCCCAAAAAUCUUAGUCUUAAGUUGUACCCUACAGUGGUCAGGCCUUCAGGCACCAAAUUCUUGAUGUUUGGAGGCUGAGUUUUGUCCCAAAUUGUUGUGCUGACACCUCCCCUGCAGGUGGCAAAAGAUGCACUAAAAACUCCUGCACGUCCUAAAAUCCCCGUGGGAUUCACGCCAUGACCCUGUGCUGGCCACAGACGAGCGUGGAUGUCACACUCCUGGCCCUGCAGUGCCACCCUCACUCCCAACCCUUCCAGCAGAGCGCUGUGAACACGUUGAAGUCGGGAUUAACAAACUCGGCUGGGUGGUUUUAGCCGCCAGGAUCUGGCGCAACGAGUUCAGACCCCUCCACAAAACACAAAACACAAAACCCAAAACCAGGAGGAGGAGGAGGACGUGUUCCACCACGGAAAAAAGGUGCCAGGCUGUGGCUGGAGCUGCUCAGGAGGUCCCAUAACCCUGUGCUGUAUUCCCAAGCUCACAUCUCUGUACUGUAUUUAACUGCCUGAAGCUUUAAACGAAGCCUAACAGAAACAAAGCCUCUCUUAAGAUUAGAGUAUUAAAGGCCUUGCUCUAACUGUGGUAUAAAUAGUGCUAAAAUCUGUCUGUACUGUACAUAAACUCCACCAGACUCUGCUUCUGAGGAGCAGAACAGAAUGACUUUAUUGCCUAAACUAAGUUUUGUAAGUCAGCUCUUUCUUUAUUAUUAUUAUUAUUAUUAUUUUAUUUUUCCUGGAGGCAGCACCUCUGUCGUAGUCAAGAGUUCACGUUCCACUCCGUGGCCUUUUCAGAGAGGAAGAGGGGAAAGGUUUAGGAUGUGAAUCUCAGGGCCAGGAAUGGCUAAAAUUGAGGAAAAAUCUAUAAAAAACCCAAAUUCAAUCUGGCCAACCCUGUCUGUCCCCACAGGGCUGCCAGGAGAUGCACUUAGAACCAAGGCAGAGCUGCUGGGAAUUUGGGAAUUUGGGAAUUUUGGGAAUCUCACAGGGCAGAAAUCCCCUCAGGAUUUCUGGGAAAAUCCAUCAUUUAUUCUCCAGCAGGAGAGCUGGGCACACGGAUCUCUUUUCCUUGUGGAAACCCGAAGCAAUAGAACUUUUAAUUUUUUUUUAAUUUUUUUUUUUUAAUUUUUUUGUGUUGUUUGGAAAACCACAAAGCCUUUAAACCAGAGCUUGCUGCUAAAAUAUCAAAACCAGAUGCAGUGGCAGCGUUUCAGAUGUCACUGUCUUCACAAAAUGUAGCCCAAAAUUGCUGGCAGAGAAUUGGAAGCAGCAAAAAAAAAACCAAAAAAAAUCUACUGACAUCGUUGGAGGGUCAGAAUUUGGGAAUUUUUUUGGGGGGGAUUCUCUGAACAGAGCCAUCCAGGACAAGGAAGGUGGAAAAUUGUUCCUUCCUGAAUCAGGCAGGGAUGGAGAGACCGACACAAAGAAGUUCUGAGAGGUUGAAAACCAAAAAUUUCUGGAAUAUUCCGACCCUAAAAUUGGGAUUGUGUUUAGGAAUUGAUCCCAGGGGAUGCAUCCCUGGGAACCAGGGGAAUUCCCUGGGGUUUGUGCAUCCAGGCCCUGCUUUUAUUUGGGAAUGGGUCGUAAAGUGAUAUUUUUGGUCACAAAAGUGACAUUUUUGGUCACAAAAGUGACAUUUUUGGUCACAACAGCGACAUUUUUGGUCAUAAAAGUGAAAUUUUUGGUCACAAAAGUGACAUUUUUGGUCUCAAAAAGUGACAUUUUUGGUCACAAAGUCUGUCCCUGGCUCGGGGCAGGGCUCAAACCCUGCCUGGGGGAUCCCAAAGCUCCCAGAGCUUCCCAAGGACACCUGGGCAGGAUUUUCCUCUUGGAAAAUCCCAAUUCCUCCGCAGCUCUGCCUAAAGCAGAUUUGGGGUUGGGGAGGAUCCUUGCACAUCCCAAUCCCAGUGUGAUUUUUGGGGUGCCAUGAUGACAUUUUCCCUUUUCCAGCAGCGAUUUCCACUUUGUCUCCUGAAAAUGGGUGGGAGGAGGAGCGGGAAGAAAAUUCCCCCGGUGGGGUUUGCAGGAAUCAUCCCCUGGGAAUUCCCCCACAUCCCAAAAAAACCAAAAUUCCCAAUUUUUGAGCUGCUUUGAGGUUGUUUUUAUCCCCGUGCUGGAGCAGGGAGGAAUUGGGAGAGCUGGGCUCUCCCUGCUCAGCACAGUGGAUUUUUUGGGGGCUCUUCCCAUCCCUUGGGAACGAUGGAAAAAUUUGGAUUUGGGUGUGAGAAACCCCUCAGGAUGGGGAGUGACCCCCAAGAUCGAGUCCAGUAAUUUCACCUCUGCUUUAUUUUUGAUUUUUUUCAGCCUCACUAAAGGAUUUUCUCUCGGGGGCGGGGAGGGUUUGCAUGAGUCUCGUGAUUUGUUUGCACUUUAGACGUUUUUGUGCCAUUAUCAAUUUGCAUUUAUUUGUAUUUAUAAUUUAAAGAGACCUAGGAAAGGGAAAAGGGAGAGAGUUUGGGGGGGGUUUUUUGGGUUUUUUUUUGUUCGUUUUUUUUUUCUGAGUACUGGAAUAAACAGUGAGCAUAUCUGGUAUAUGUCCUUAUUUAUUGUUCCAUGACGUUUGUAAAGCUCCGUGUGUUCAUACAAAGGUUAUUUGAAACAUAUCAUAGCCAGGAGAGAGAGGCAAGUUAUUUUCUUUGCUUAUUUUUAUAAUUAAAGAUGCAUAACGUAAUGAGGCCUACGUUGGAUUUUCUUCUGCAAUGAAAUAAAAAGUCAAAUUUAA